UUAGGUAAUAGCGCCUCGUUAGGCACUGUUGGAAGUCAGCUGUGCGCAUUUACGUUCACAGUUGAAUGAGACGCCGGUGUGCAUUAGUUUUUCUCAAUUUUGUUUACAACACACAUUUUGUUUUCAUUUUAUAAAAUAAGUAAUUGUGUAAACUAAGUGCAUAAAAUGGCUCAUUUAACGGGCACGCGCGUCAGCAUGUUCAACGAAUCAUUCCUCAACGACAAUGAGCACGACUCCAACGCCGUGCUCAUGGAGCUGGACAAGGGACUGCGGAGCGCCAAACAAGGCAUCCAAUGCGAGGCAAUUGUGCGCUUUCCACGUCUUUUUGAAAAGUAUCCCUUCCCCAUACUGAUCAACUCGUCGUUCAUCAAGCUGGCCGAGUUCUUUGUGAGCGGCUCGAACCUGUUGCGUUUCUGGGUGUUGCGUGUUUGCCAACAGAGCGAAAAUCACUUGGACAAGAUCCUGAACAUUGAUAACUUUGUGCGUCGCAUCUUUAUGGUGAUGCACUCGAAUGAUCCCGUGGCACGUGCUCUGCUCCUCCGAACGUUGGGCGCCGUCUCACGCGUUAUCCCAGAGAAACCGCAAGUGCAUCAUGCGAUACGUCGCGCCCUCGAUAGCCACGACACCGUCGAAGUGGAGGCGGCCAUCUACGCCAGCAGCUGUUUUGCCGCCCAGUCCAGUUCCUUUGCCAUCAGCAUGUGUGCCAAGAUCUCCGACAUGAUUGAAUCCCUGCAAGUGCCGGUGCCCAUGAAACUUCUGCUCAUUCCCGUGCUGCGGCACAUGCAUCACGAUGCCAACACAGCCGCCUUGGUCAGCAAAUUGUGCCUGGAACUCCUUCCCAAGUAUCCAGCACAAAGCUUUGUGGUAGCCAUCAUCAACACGCUCACACAGUUGUCGUCGCGCACAUUGGUCGGAGUGCCUGGCCAGCUGAAUGUGCUGCUGGAAUUCAUGGAGGAUCUGCGCACUCCAGUGCGCAUCCAAGUGCUGCGCUCCUUCAACGAACUGGCGGGCAAACAGAGUGUGAAUGCGUGGCCCAAACCUGCGAUUGGCGCACUCAUCAGCAAGUUCAAACUGUGUCGCAAUGGCGCCGAGCAAUUCCUCUUUCUCUCUAUCCUGCUGAAGUUGAGUGAAUGUCCUUUAACCUGCCAGCAGCUGCUGCUCGAGCAUCGCGAGGCUUUGUUACGCCUCUGCGUGCAAUGCAUCAGCAAAUUGGAUGACUACACAACAGCCACUCAGGCUAUGGCUGUGCUCUCCGCCUUGGUGGCCUUUGGUGCCCAAAAACAGUUGACACAGGUGGAUGACAUACUGCAGAUCGUCAAUCUACACAUGGAGGGCGUGUUGCUCUGCACAGCAAGACGGGCAGAAUGCACCAGGGAUCUGCGACGUGUGCUCACCUAUGGCAUACGCAUCACGCAGGCAAAUGCUGAGUUUGGUGCCGACUUCAUUGAGUUGGUAUCGAAUACGCUGGGAGAUAAUGUUGUCUAUCCUCCUGCGAAUGCACAGUUGAUAUGCGAAGCACUCGUCGGACUCUGCGAGCAUUUCCAGCUGCGCAAGUAUGCGUUCUCCACAGCGGAAGGCAUGGAUGAUGACACAGCCAUGGAGACAGAUCAGCCAGCUCCACUUAAAGUGAAUCCUCUGCUUGCUCAACUGCCGCUCAUACUCUACAAGCUGAAGAAGGUCACGGAAAGCGAAACCGACGAUCAACAGCUGCGCACCGUCGAGAUACUCAGCGCCUUGAUCUGCCAGACCACCAUGGGCUGCUACCUGCCACAACAGGUGGUGCAGUGCUUUGAGCUCUGCAUUGAACGCGUCAAUUGCUGGACACUUUAUCGCAUUGCACGCACAGCGAGUCGCUAUGGGCAUCAUUAUGUCGCAGCUCACAUCUACACGAAGGUCUCACAGAUUGUGAUCAGCGACCACAUGCACUACUUUCUGGUGGCGCUGGCACAGAUCUCGCAGGCCGAAUGCAUACUCAACUAUGGCCUGGAGUAUGCGUAUAUGCGGGAUAACUAUGCGCCACGAGAGGCUCCCGAACCGCUCCUGCCACUGAUGAAGCGUCUGGAGUCGGCGAGCAAUCUCUAUCAACAGGCUUUGGCCAGCAUGCGUGCGUGUUCGUCGCCUCAGCAUCCGUGCAGCUUUCAGCUGGAGUAUCUCAAGAUACGCGCACAGUUUCUGCAGACAUUGCACUUGGCUGUGACCGUAAAAAAUGCCCAGGUGAUUGUGCCGCCGCCUGCGAUUGCGGGCAGCUUGGCGCAGAACUCACGCGAUUAUCUGCAAAAGUUCGGUCAUGUCACCAAUCAGCUGCGCAAGCUGGUCAAGUCUCUGAAGGCCUGCGAGGAGACUUAUGCUCGACUCUACAAGUCGUCGUUUGAUGCGGACAAUGUGACGCUGGAGUUCUUGGAAGUCGCCGAGUUUCAAUGCGCACUCUUUGCGCACAUUAUCGAAUCCAUUUGCUAUGCCACGCCACCAGAGCCGCCCGUGUUUCUGACCACUGGCACUCAUCCGGAGACUCGCUACUUUGCCGCCAGCUGUCAGCGCAUGGAGCAGAUGCAAAAGAAUCUACCGCAGGAGCUGCCGAAUGCCAAGACCAUUAGCAAUCGGCAUUUGGACGUGAUUAUUGCGCUGAUUGAAAUCAUCACCAAGACGCCGCUUUGUCUGCCGCGUUACUUCUUCCAGAUACUGCAGUCGACACAGAUCAAACUGUCGGUGAGUCCGCAGCCACGCAGCGCCACGGAGCCGGUGCUGGUGCAGUCGGGCAGCAAUCUGGUCAUCAAGGUGGAGGGCGUGUUGCAGCACUUUAGCAAACAGCAGAAACAUUUCCGACGCGUCGACUCGGUGCAGUUGAGUUUGACGUCGCAACUGAUGUCGCCGCGACCGGUUAACGAGCUGGUGAAGCUGCCCAACAACGAUACCGUCACACUGAAUCAAAUCGUUAAGCCACAACGUGAUUUCCUCUCGGGCAGUUUUCUGCUGCCCAUCUCAAGUGGUGGCCAAUUUCAAGUCACACUGGAAACGUUUGUGAUCGAUGAGCAUGGCAUUACCUGGUGCACGGGACCCAAGAGUUCGAUGGUGGUGCGCGUUAUGGACGAUCCCAGCAAACCGGCAGCAGUGCAAGUGGCGAGCACUUCGCAGGCUGUUAGUCAGGCUAGACGUUUCUGA